AUGCGCUCCACGUUUGGUGCACCAGAUUGCGAGACUGAUCUCAAAGACGUUGGCUCGGUUGGCUUUUUGGGGCUUAACUACUCUACAACUUGGUCUUCGGUUACAGUAACCAACAACAAGGGUCUUCAUGCAUAUGAAAAAGGCAAGUGCAAUGAAAACAGUGAAGAAGGGUUUAUUGUAAUAAUGAGUAAUGCUACUAUUGAAUAG